CUUGCUUGUCGCCUUUGGACCACUACCGCAUACUGGAUGAUGCGCGACCUCAUUUGGCUAUCCCUUGUGGAAGUCACAGUCUUCAAACUGAUGACUGUUGGAUGGAUGAUGUUUGUGCAUAGAAGCUGAUCAACUUGACGAUGACGACUUCCGGAAAAUGCUUCGUUCCGAUUGGAGACGCGACGCGCUCGGCCACCAAAAAAAUCCACAGAAACCAAUUGAUAAAUUAAUAUAACAUAUGAGUUUAACCAAUGCCGUCUAGGCGCUCGAAUGCAAAGGACACCGAAUCCUUCCUUUCUGCAUUGAAUGCGCUUGAUGAGGCUGCGUUCGCAAAAUACUUGCCCUCAAGCUCGGAGCUAAAGUCCAAAGAUGGCUCGAAGACCUAUGUGUGGACGUUUCAUUUAUCUAGUAAUCUCAAUGAUGAUGACUUAGAAGCAUGUUUCAGUCUGGUUGAAGAGACAAGUUCUGCAGAUUACCAAGCUGCCAGCCAAGGAUGGAAUCCAGACCAUAAGCGCUCAGAAAUGCGGGAGAGGGACAUGCGCUAUAUACUUGUGCAUCGUUCGGGAAAAGAAGGUCACAACAGUGUACUCGCCUUCACAUCUUUCAUGCUCACCCCGGAAGAUGACCAGCCAGUCAUAUACAUUUACGAGAUACACCUAUCACCCGAGCUCCGUGGCACAGGUAUUGGCAAGGCCUUGAUGGAGAUGGUUGCGAGCAUUGGACGCAAGGUCGGAGUCAGUAUGAGCAUGCUUACGGUAUUUACGACCAACCAACACGCCGAAGCCUUCUACAGACGGCUGGGCUACACGGAAGAUGAUUCAAGCCCGCGUGAUAGGAAGUUGAGGGGCGGAAAGAUCAAGAGGCCAGAAUACCUGAUAUUGAGCAAGAACCUGAGAGAGCAAGCGAAUGCAACCACAAAGCGGAUCAAGACUUAGUAUAUGAGGGGAUCGGUGUGGCUUUGAAUAAAUCUCAGCCAGACUUCGGGAACUCGGCUAGGAGAUCGCCUCCGAGGUUUUGUAAAUGCUAAUUGACCCGUUGGGGUAUCAAUGCUGCCGUACGCCAGAAGCGAAAAUCGUGUUGCAAACCAUGUCAAUCCAAGCCCGAG